AUGCGCGCCUGGCACACUCAGCCACUUCACCUUGGUCAGCUCAUCGAAGAGUUGGAGUCUUUGCAGGAACAGUUUGCACCGUAUCGUGCUACCUACGUAAGAUUGCUGCGUUCCGCCAAUGAUGCUGAGCCGCCUCUGUAUACGGAUGAAGCGAGACAAAACCAUCAACGUAGAGUGGACAUGGUUUCCGAACUGAUGCAUAGUUUCGCGCAUGCGUACCAUGCAAUCAGUGACUUAUCAUUCUCUGUGGGCGAAACUUAUCCGUACCUUAGCGCUGAAACUUCAGUCACUCGUCAUCUGAUCCCAAUGCAGGCGCAGAUCAAUUUGAUGCAAGAGUCCAACCGGCGGCAACAGUCGCAGCCAACAUCCACCAAUACUUCGGCUGCAACUGCCACUGGAACAAGCGAUACCGAAAAUACAGUUCCAACACAAUCGACCGCUGCCGCCACAGCUACUUCCACUACCACGUCGUCCAACGCUGCCGACCCAAACGUGAACAGCCAGUCAACAUCGGCAGCUCAGCAAUCCGUCACAGCCGGUAGGAAUACCACGCAACCGACUGUCAAUAUAAACAUACAGCCAGAGCCGGUAACCUAUCAGUUAGAAAUAGAGACCAGAGUGCCCAUCGCAUUCCCCUUAGAGAGCGCCCUUCUCAAUGGGCUGAGUAAUGCGAGAGCUCCUGGCGAGUCACAGACUCAGGAACAACUAAGUCAGCAACCAAUUCAGCGGAAUGAACAGCAGGAGACUCAACCUGAAGAGAAUCAGCAGCAGCAGAGUCCGACUCCACAGAAUGAAGCUAAUCGUCAUCAAGUGCUACUUGAUUUUGAGAACCUUUUGAGUGGAUUGGGUCAAGGUGAAAUUGGUAUUGAAGUUGUAAUGGCUUUGGAGGAAAUUCCGGAAGGCGUUGGAUUAGGAAAUCUAAGCAACUUCGGCGGUGGCAACACCGCUCAGCAAACUUCGACCGCUCAACGGUCCGAAGCAGGAGUUGUGUUCUUUCCGAUGUCUUUGGGAGGUGCUCCUAGUGCUGAUGUGCUACCACAUCUCCUAUCAACAGUGAUUAGUCAAGAUUUGACGCCCGGCGUUGAAGGCGUAGCAGUACAGAUUCCGGUAGCAGCGCAACUGCAUAACUUUAUCGACAACCAAGCACCGGCGCUGGGUCAGAACAUGACUCAAUCUCAAGGCCAGAAUCAAACCCAAAGCAUCAGCCAAGAUCAAGAACAAAGUCAGGCUCCAAGGGAAGCUGCGCCAGGAGAGGAGCAAAUGAAUCAGGAGCAGGGUGUCAAUGUUAGCAAUGCUGAAUUUAGAACUGCGCAACUUCUUAACAUUGUCGACAACCAAACACCGGCGGCGGCGCCGUGUCAGAACACAACUCAAUCUCAAGGCCAGAGUCAAAUCCAAAGCUUAAGCCAAGAGCACGGUCAAAUUCAGACUCUGAGGCAGACUGCGUUAGGAGAGGAGCAAAUGAAUCAAGAGCAGGCGCAACUGCAUAACUUUGUCGACAACCAAGCACCGGCGCCGGCUGAGAACACGACUCAAUCUCAAGGCCAGAGUCAAAUCCAAAGCUUAAACCAAGAGCAAGGUCAAACUCAGACUCCUCUGAGGCAAGCUGCGUUAGAAGAGGAGCAAAUGAAUCUGGAGCAGGGUGUCAAUGCUAACGCUAGCAAUGCUGAAUUUAGAACUGGUGGAAUACAGUCUUUCCGCACUGCUAACAACGUUCGCGCCCAGGCACAAACUUUGGCACUCGGCAGCCUUUUCUACGACAGGUUCUUGCAGUGCGAUAGUCAACACGCUCGUCGCCGUCUCCAGCGUCGUAGGCAACAUCACAUGACAAAUAUCAUGCACCUUUUGAAUAGCUUACCGUCUUCGGCAACAUGGUUCAAUGCACUAAUGGUGGCAAUCGCUCGUCAGCAGUACAUGUCUGAUUUGCUUCAUGCGUCUGGCGAUGAUCCCGCACUACUCCCUAAUGAGUUUAGACAAGUCAGAGUACAGCUGUGCAGUUACGUAAAGCGCUUGAUCCAUCCCUUCGAAAAAUGUGACAACGCGCCCCAGAUCGUCUCCGAUUAUCUGGUCGAUAAGAAUGAGGAUUUCAUCGAAAAUAUGGGAAGCAUUACCGGCAUCCGUGAAGAUAUUGACUCAGUUGAAUCGAUCCGUACGUUGAUCCGGGCGCGGCUGCCGACUGUAAUCGCUACUGUUAUGUCCCGCUCGACUAAUGAAUUGUACGUGAUGCGUUUCUACGCGAUGUUCUUUCAAAUUUAUAAGGAGCUAUGUGCGCUGAACCGGGUAGUGAGCCAAUUUGACGAACCGAUUCGUACGUCGAUGCGCAUCUUCGGCUUGGAUAAUAUGGUGGGCAUCCUGAGCCACCUUACCAAUCACCCGAUAUCGAUCGCACAAUUUGUUCGUCGAAGAGACAUGACGUCGUCUGAUUUUUCGAGUCCUGAACCAACGGAAGACGAACAACAAAGAACGGUAGUCAUUCCGUCUUUGAGUCCGCAAAACGAACCGAUACAGACCACGCCGCCGUCCACGCCGUCUGACACAAGCGAAGCGACGCCAUCAACGUGGAUAACAACCCCGACGGUCACUGAACCCGAUCUCAACACAUUGCCCAUGCAGUCUCCAACAGUCGCCAGCAGCACUAAUACGAUUUCCGUGGACUCGCCAAUCGUACCUUGUCCAAGAGUAAAUAAAACCAAGACAACCAGCACUGUAACUUCACAAAGCACUAGCUCUGAUCAAGAUAUCCGCAUUGUACCACCGAUAGUGAUUCUACAGCAUUGGGGUGAGGAAUGGGUACCAGUGUUUACACGCGACCAACAGGCUCAACAGCCGGAACCGUCGGAGCCCUACAGCGAUGCUUACCUCUCAGGGAUGCCGUCCAGUAAGCGACGAUGCGUGCGACAGUCUCGUCCGUCUGCGAACCUCGACGGUCUUAUGAAUGAGAGCGUGAGCGAGGUGUCAUCGCACGACGAUUCGCUCGUAUUGCCGAUGGAGAGGGCGGAGAGCGACAGCGCAAUCCGUCUCGCUUUCCGCGAACGCUUGCGGAAUAUGGCUCUCACUCGGGCACACAACUCCGAAGAAUUUGAUCCGCACCGUUACGCUUCUGCCGCACGAUUCCUUAACUCACCCAAAUCAAACAGACAAGACGAGUCGGACAACGAUAACCAAGAAAGCGGCAUUUAA